CAGGUUGGUAACCUGUAACUUGUUUUACAAUUAUUAUAAUAGGAUUUCAGUUUGGAGCCGUUUAAUUAAUCGUGAUUAACUAUAAAUAUAAAAUAAGUAAUGCCAUUAAACGUACAAGGCACGUUUGUGUCGCAGAAAAUUAAUAAAAUACGAUGGAUUCCCGAAGAUUAUGUCGAAACAAAACACUUUUUCACCGGCAGUUGGGACGACGAUAUAAACUCAAUAAAAGUUUGGAGUUUUGAGAGUUUGAAUGAAGACGAAGACGUGGAUUGUCCUCGCCAACUAUCUGAGUACAAAGUGGAGGGCGAUGUCACAGAAAUUAAGUUUACAGACAAGAAAACUAUAGCGGCUUCUUUUUCAAAUGGUGAUGUGAAAAUGCUUGAAGUUAGUGCUUACGAUAAACAGACACCACUCAGAGAAGUUCAAUCCUGGAAGAAGUUACACAAUUUUGGCACUGACAAAUGUUCAUGCACAUCCCUAGACACAUUAGAAGGUGACAUAGCAAGUAUAGGAGAAGAUGGCAAUGUGAAUAUAUUGAACGGCCGCAGGGGGGAUGUUACACAGGCAAUCAAGGAGGCAGACAGCUGUUCAUUGCAUUCUGUGUGCUUUAUUAAAUUGAGUGAGGUGAUAACCGGCAACAUAAGAGGCCACAUGAAGAUAUGGGACAUACGUUCCUCAAACAAUAAACCAGCUGCAGCAUUUCUUUUGGCCGGCGAUGAGCUUGCAGCUACUUGUAUAGUCCGACACCCGACCCAGCCGCAUAUCAUGUUGGCGGGAAGUGAAUCGGGUGCCUUAGCAGUAUGGGACUUAAGGAUGAACCAAUUCCCAACGUCAUUACUAAACGCCCAUGCGGCUGGUGUAUCAGAAAUGCAAUUCCAUCCGGAAAACCCGAACAAACUGCUGACCUCUUCAAUUUCCGGAGAAGUUUGGGAUUGGAAUAUGGAAACGUUAACGAAGAAAGCACAAGAGAAUUACGUGCCGUUGGAAGACAAAACCGCCAUGAAUGUGAACUCUUUGAUGCCAGUGCUACACAAAGCUAUAAACACCGUUCACUGCGACAAAGGCAGGGUACUGUGCGGUGCGGACAACGAAGCUGUGUAUUUGAUAAAGAAUUUCAAGUAUUAGUAUCAAAGAUUGGUUUUAUGUUCUUGAAGUUGUUUGUAUUCUAUACCAUUCCUUUCUGAAGUCAUCGUAGAUUGAGCGCCGAGGAAUAUUGGAGAUUCAAAGGGAGAUUCAAUGAAGAUUUUGCAUUAACUACAGCCGCUAUUUUAUUUUAUUCGCGGAUAAUUCUUUCACAAACUGUCACAUUUAGAAGAUAUAUGCAACCGAGUUUGUACUACUAAUAACCGAAAAGGAAGUUUGCUAACCAUAGUUGAAAGAAUUAUUCGCAAAAUGUUAUGAUGAAAUAAAAUUUAAAGGGUGGGGAUAAGCCGGGCUCCGUACAAAAUUUAGUUUUCAUUGCCCUUCAUUCAAAUACUUUUUUUAUUGUAUUAACUGACUGACAGAGCAGAUGGCGUAGGUGAUUCAUGUGCCUGCAAUUUCACCGUCAACUACGCCAUUCAGACCGGAACACAA